GGAGAGCUGCUCAGUCCAUCCAUGCCCGCGGUGGAGACGCGCGGGGUCCUCCUCUGAGAAGCGCACGUUGCCAUGCUUCAUGCUUCACUUCUCCUUGAAGGAGGAGGGGAUGGCUCUGGUCGUCUGUGAAACGCCCCGAUAUCUCCUGACUCCACGACAAGCGUAAAGGGGAGAACGUUCACUCUUCCAGCAGUUGUUAGACUUUACUACUCUGACCAAAAACCGGUGGAUUUCUGCCGUGCUGGUUUCGUGAUUCCCGCGCACCUAUCGCCGAGGAUUAUCGCGACUGUGCGUCAAAGUUUCCGCUGAUGUUUUGGUCGAUUUGUCACGAGGCAUUAAGUUUGUCUGUGAUUGUUCCGGAAGUUACGGCUCGUGCUUUGCCAGGGAUUUGCAUCGAUACGUGGCGAAGUGUAAAGUUGCACUGCGCGUCUUGCUGACAGCGGGGGGUCGCGAUACAGCGUGAGACCACCACGAUACAGCAGUGAGACCACCCCGACACAGCGUGAGACAACCACAAUAUAGCCGUGCAAACACACGAUACAGCUUGUGAGCACCACGAUACAGCGCGAGAACGCCACUAUGUCGCAGCGUCCCGGCGUUUCCUCCGCUUGCAGAACAUGACCGCAGCGGUCAGCGACCUAUCCAACAUGCUGAGGAGAUGUCUCGUUACACUGAAGCCGUUCAGGAUCUUCGUGUUGGGCCUGGGCUUCUUCAGCCUGUGCUUCCUGAUGACCUCCCGGGGCCCCCCAUUCACCGCCCGGUCCGAAGUGCUGUCAGGCGGGGGGGAGUCGCGGGGGGUGCUGAGGAAGAUCAGUGAGAUGCUGGAGGUGAUCCUGAGGCGGAUGGACGCGCUCUCCCGACUCAGCAACUCCUCCAGCGGCGACGCCCACCGCCUGGAGGAGCUCAGCUCGGCCCUGGACAGGCUCCAGCCAGCAGGCCUACUGGAGAGGAUCGAGUCCAUCGCUCAGAACAUGUCCGACCUGGCGCUCCGGGUGGAGCAGAUCCUCCAGCGCAGCGUCAGAGACAAAGCGAAGGAGGGGACGUUAGGACAGUGUGAGAUCCCAAAGGAACCCCGCUACCCCGACUGCCAGAGCAAGGUGGACUGGAUGCGGGCCCGCUGGACCUCGGACCCGUGCUACGCCUUCUACGGCGUGGACGGCUCCGACUGCUCCUUCCUGGUGUACCUCAGCGAGGUGGAGUGGUUCUGCCCCCCGAUGGCCUGGAGGAACGACAGCAGCGCGCCCACGCACAAGCCCAGACCCAGGACACAGGCGGCGUUCCGCUCGGACAUGGGCCCCCUGUUGGAGCAGGUGGGGGGGGGCAAGGAGUCGCUGAGCUUCAUGAAGCGACGCAUCCGCCGGCUGGGCCCCCAGUGGGCGUCAGCCGCCCGUCGCCUUGACGACCGCCUCCGCCACCUCGUGAGGGAGCAGAAAAGGGUGCUGGUCCAUGUGGGCUUCCUGACGGAGGAGUCUGGGGACGUGUUCAGCCCCAAGGUGCUGAAGGGCGGUCCGCUGGGGGAGAUGGUGCAGUGGGCCGAUAUCUUCUCCGCCCUCUACGUCCUGGGCCACGACCUCAAGAUCUCCGUCUCCCUCAAAGAGCUGCAGGGGUUCCUGGGCGUGCCCCCGGGUCGAGGGAGCUGUCCUCUGACCGGCCCGCUGCCCUUUGACCUUAUCUACACCGACUACCACGGCCUGCAGCACAUGAAGCAGCACAUGGGCCUGUCCCUCCGCAGACACAAGUGCCACAUCCGGGUGAUUGACACGUUUGGCACGGAGCCGCCCUACAACCACGAGGAGUACGCCACGCUCAACGGGUACCGCACCAACUGGGGCUACUGGAACCUCAACUGCAAGCAGUUCAUGACCAUGUUCCCACACACCCCUGAUAACUCGUUCAUGGGCUUCGUGGCGGAGGAGCUGAACGAGACGGAGAGGCGGGUCAUCCAGAGGAACAAGGCGGACAGGAUGGCCCUGGUGUACGGGAAGGAGGCCAGCAUGUGGAAGGUGGAGCCCUUCCUCCCCUUUGAGUUCUCCUGUGAGGGAAUGCUGGAGAGACUGCACGCCUACAUCCACAACCAGGGUGGUGGAGGAGGAGGAGGUGGUGGAGGAGGGGUUCUGAGCCCGUUGGUCCGGCUGCAGAACUCCAGCCUGCUGGCGUGGAGCCCUGCUGCCACUGUCCCCACCGUCACCAACAGCACCACCUCCACCUCCGCCCCUCCUCGGUCAUGGCCGCCGCUGAGCGCCCUGCGCGCGCUGGCAUCGCGGGGCGGCGAGUCCUGUGUGGACGCGUGCCGCGGCGCCGGGCUGGUCUGCGAGCCGGCCUUCUACCGCUUCAUCAACAACCAGGACGCCUUCAGCAAGUUGGACCUGGUGUGUGAGGCCAUGGAGGUGGAGAGGAACCACCUGUUCCCGGCCUUCUCCUCAGAGAGCCAUGAGUGCAGCCUGCAGACGGAGCCGCUCCUCUAUAGCUGCUCCGGCGCCGCCGCCCAGUACCGCCGCCUCUGCCCAUGUAGGGACUUCCGCCCGGGCCAGGUGGCGCUCUGCCGGGACUGCCUAUGACCCCGGCGCCGCCCGGGGCCGGAGGGGCCGGAUGGGAGGGGGGCCGGCCUGUGGGUCGCCCUGCUGGGAGGGGUCUGUCUCUGGAUCAAGAGGACCAGGGGAGAGACAUUUUAAUUCCUGGUGGGAGGGGCCUGUGCCUUGCUGGGAGGGGUUUCUCUACUCCUAGUGGGAGGAGCUACUCCACUAUCUCUUGAUGGGAGGUGCCUUUGCCUUGCUUGGAGGGGUUUCGGGACGAUCUCUUGGUGGGAGGGGCCUGUGCCUUGCUGGGAGGAGCUUCUCAGCUAUCUCUUGGUGGGAGGGGCCUGUGAUUUGUUGGGAGGGGCCUCUGCACUAUCUCUUGAUGGGAGGGGCCCGUGCCUUGCUUGGAGGGGCUUCUGGACUAUCUCUUGGCAGGAGGGGCUUCUCGACUCCUGGUGAGAGGGGCUUACCUUCUAUAUCAUGGUGGGAGGAGCCUGUCCAGCUCAAUGUGGGUGGGGAGAUGGAGAGGCCUCAGUAUUCCUUGUGGGAGGGGCCUGUAAUGUAGUGGGUGAGGCCUACCUACCUGGUGGGAGCUGUGGUCGGUGAGAUCUUCCACGGGCCAGACAACACGCACACUCCUGAACUGAACUGAAACUACAAAAAUGGCCGCCGCCGUUACCGUGGCAACAUGUCUCAGGGAAACGCAUGAACACGCUCUCUCUCUUGUUUUGUGACGAGGCUGCUCUACUUGUGGUUGACACGUCUAUAUGUUCUGCACUGAAUGACACUUGUGAAGUUUAACGACAAAUUAAACUAUGCCAAAUGUAUCGCAGAAGCUAAGCGUUAGAACGAGGAGAGGCAGGAGAGAUCUUCUGCUCUGUCGUGGUCACUGGAUGUCCGUACCCGUCGCCGUGUCGUUUGGAUAUCUGUACUUGAUGCACCCCAAGCCCGUAUGUAGAGAGGUACUAUUUUCUGCGUGCUGUAACCGGUAUAUUUGUAAAUAAAUUGUUGUUUUAAUAAAAAGGCAAGAGUAAGACUA